CACCCACAGCUUAAGCAAGCCAUGUCCAUUACUUCUUUUGUCCCUCUCUCCAACCCACUCCCACUCUUUAGUCUUUAUAACCUCUCCCCACCUUCCUUCUUCCCCUUGUCCCAACCACCACCACCUCCACCACCCCUCGAGAAGAAGCAAAAGCCAAAAGCCAAAAGAAAUGCUAGCUUUCAAAUAAAGGAAGACAUCUUCUGCUCUUCUUUGAUCUCACCAUGGACACCUCCUCCUCCCUCUCAUCCUCCUCAUCCUUCUCAUCAUCCCUCAACGCUUCCUCCAGCAUUUUUGGUUCCCCCGGCCUUGAAGCGGACGCUAACGCCAACCCCUCCUUCCCCUACACCCCUUCCGCUACCGGGCGGCGGUGGAGGCCCAGGUUCUUCUCCGAGUCCAUCUCCGGCAGCGGCGACGCUCACCACUUCCUUGACACCUGCUUUCUGUGCAAGAAGCCCAUCGCUGCCUACGACGACGUCUUCAUGUACAGAGGGGACGAGCCGUUUUGUAGCGAGGAGUGCAGGGAGGAGCAGAUCAAGAUGGAUGAGGCGCUGGAGAAUAACCGCAAGAAAUUCUCUCCUGCUUCUUCUACUACUUCUUCUUCUAUCAGAAACUCUUCUUCUUCGUCCGCAUCGUCGACAACGAUAAAGCACAAGCCAAGCCUCAUCAUCGGUCAAAACUCCCACAACGUUCAUGCCAUGGUUACUGGCUACUAGUAGACGGGACAAUGGGAGAGGGAGAUAAAGCAAGCUCACAUUUUAAGGAAGGGAUUCUCCUUUUUCCUUUUUCUUCUUUUUUUUUUUUGGUUUUUCCAUGGGGCGAGGGAGCUUUAGUUUGAUGUACAGAAGAGUUGGUUCCCUAGGGUUCUCCAGCAGCAGCCCAUGCAAGAGGCUUCUCCAACUUCUUUUUUUUAAAAAAAAUAAAAGAAAGAAAAUUUGGAGCGUGGGUUGGAGUUGUUCAUAGUGUUCUUCUAUCAGAGGGUGAUGGUGGUUUUGUGAUGUAAAUUUUGCACAUCCAAAAGAUUUUAUGGUGGUUUAUUGAUGUAAAUUUUGCACACCCGAAGGAGGAGUAGUCUAUGUUGGGUUUGUUUGGAUGGAUGCCAAGAGAACGUCCGGGAAAAUGAACUUUGUUCCUU